AUGCUAUAUAGUCUCUAUUUAUAUGGACAAAGAUGUGGAGCAAGAAAGCAGAUACACAUACUUUAUUGCGAAUGGGUCUAAAUUCUUGGGAAAAACUUGUAUAAAUCUUCUACCCAGGAGGUUCAACCACCACCAACUUUUUUUCCCCUUGCCCAGCAAACUGAUUUUAAUGCAACACUGAAUUCAUUUAUAUUUUACAUGGUGUAUACGUGUCUGAAAAUGUCCCCUUUCUCUUCCCACUUCUCUCUGAUCCUCUCCACAGAAUUUUAGUUAGAAGCCAGCAGUCUCACACUGUCCCCAUUUGCAUUUGUGGGCUACAUUUCAUUUAUCCCAUUCGCGCCUGGAAAAGGGAUCGACACCCGAUUUUCCAUUUCUUCUUCUUUCCUUUUAUGGUCGUGUGGGAGCGCAUGCAUUCUUGCUGAAAACCCCCACACAGACUCAGAAAGAAGAGAAGAAUAAAGAACAUUUUGGUGAUCGUGGGCUCAUUUGUUUUCCCGUGGAGGAAAAAAGGAAUGGGAGUUAAGGAGAGAAUCAAAUCAGGGUUCGCAAUGGCAGGCAGAUUCUUGAACGAAAUCUUGAGUUUCCUAGUGUUCACUCUGCUAGACCUCCUGGAUAUUGUUUUGUGCUAUGUUUACAAGAUUGCGGAUUUUUUGAUCGAAGCAGAAUGGAAGCCGUGCUAUUGUCCGUCAGGGAAAGAUGCAAUAGCCAGCAGCGGCAAGAUCUUGGUUUCGGAGCUGGGGGAGUCGAAAAUCGUCCGGGUAAGUUCCAGCAGAUUGCAGCUGGAAGAAAUCUCAGACACUCUCUACUCGCGCCCCUCGCUGGUGUCUGAGGUCUCGGAAUCUUCUAUCAUACGUGCGUCGCAGAAGAGACGUAAGAGCCGACGGGCCGACGUUCAUUCCACGUUCACCGUUAAUUCGACCAUCAUCGAGAUGCUGCAAGGCAGGAUCGGGGGGCAGCAAACGCUUCCUAUUCCUAGAUGGUCGGAUUGCGAUUGCAAAACUUGCACAUCUUGGACUUCGUCUAGCAAAGAAACUCUCUUCGUCAAAGUUGAUGGAGCUAGAGACAACGUGCGAGAAGACGUAGUGUUCAUACACGGAUUCAUAUCAUCGUCGGCUUUCUGGACCGAGACCCUCUACCCAAACUUCUCCAAGUCAGCAAAAUCCAAGUACAGGUUUCUAGCAGUGGAUCUGCUUGGUUUUGGGAGGAGCCCGAAGCCAACUGACUCACUAUACACAUUGCGGGAGCAUGUGGACAUGAUCGAGAGGUCUGUUCUUGAGGCGUACAAAGUGAAAUCUUUCCACAUCGUGGCUCAUUCGCUGGGUUGCAUUUUGGCCCUGGCCCUCGCAGUGAAGCAUCCAGGCUCAGUCAAGUCCCUAACACUACUUGCACCGCCGUAUUUUCCAACUCCAAAAGGAGAACAAGCCACACAAUAUAUGAUGAGAAGAGUGGCGCCGAGGCGCGUGUGGCCGGCGAUCGCGUUUGGCGCGUCAAUCGCUUGCUGGUAUGAGCACAUAAGCCGGACCAUCUGCCUAGUGAUAUGCAAGAACCACCGCCUGUGGGAGUUUCUCGCCAAACUGCUCACCAGAAACAGGAUGCGGACGUACUUGAUGGAGGGGUUUUUCCUACACACACACAACGCUGCGUGGCACACUCUCCACAACAUCAUCUGUGGAACCGCAGGCAAAAUCGAGGGCUAUUUGGAGGAAGUUAAGACCCGACUCAAAUGCGACAUCACAAUAUUUCACGGUAGAGACGACGAGCUGAUCCCAGUUGAGUGCAGUUACAACGUGCAGUCCAGAAUCCCUCGGGCGCACGUCAAGGUGUUCGAGAAGAAAGAUCACAUCACCAUAGUUGUCGGACGGCAGAAGGCGUUUGCGCGGGAACUUGAGGGGAUUUGGAAGAAUGCAAGUGCUUAAUUAAUUAAUAAUAUUUAUCUAUAUAUAUAUAUUAAUUAAUCGAAUUAAAAAAAAAAGAUAAGAAAAGAAUUCUCCAAAAUGACCUUGAAGAGAGGUGUAUCUGAUCAACGUUAAUUAGGGGUUGAAAGGGAAAGGAAAUAUUAAUUAGCAUUAUUGUAUGUGAUGGUAAUAUAUUUGUAUGGCCUUGUGAAAUGUAUCAUUAUUAUUACUAGUUAUAAAUGUUGACGUGUGUGUUA